AUGUCGCGGCGGCGGUGGCGCGGCCCUCAGGGCGCCGAGGGCGGCGGGCGCGGCGGCGACAUGGGGAAGAUGGCGGCGGGCGGCGGCGGCGGCGGCGGCUCGGGGCGCUACUACGGCGGCGGCGGCGGCGGCGACGGCGGCAGGGCUCCUAAGCGCCAGAAAACCGACGGCGCGGAGCCGCCGCCUCACGGGCCCGGCGGGCCGGGGGGAGCAGGCGGAGGGGCCGGAGCGGGAGGAGGGGAGAACUACGAGGACCCCCACAAGACCCCGGCGUCCCCCGUCGUUCACAUCCGGGGGCUCAUCGACGGCAUCGUGGAGGCCGAUCUGGUGGAGGCCCUGCAGGAGUUCGGGCCCAUCAGCUACGUGGUGGUGAUGCCGAAGAAGCGCCAGGCGCUGGUGGAGUUCGAGGACAUCCUGGGCGCCUGCAACGCCGUCAACUUCGCCGCCGACAACCAGAUCUACUUCGCGGGACACCCGGCCUUCGUCAACUACUCCACCAGCCAGAAGAUCUCCCGGCCCGGCGACAGCGACGACGCCCGCGGCGUCAACAACGUCCUGCUCUUCACCAUCCUCAACCCCAUCUACUCCAUCACCACGGACGUGCUCUACACCAUCUGCAACCCGUGCGGGCCCGUGCAGAGGAUCGUCAUCUUCCGCAAGAACGGCGUCCAGGCCAUGGUGGAAUAUCCUGCAGUUCCGGGGGCACCCACACUCCGGGGCUUUGGGAGGGGGAGGGUCCCCAAAAUCCAGGGAUGUUCCUAA